CAUGGUUAGAUAUUGGCGAUCCCGAACGGACAGUAUUAGUUGAUCAUUGAAUGAAAUGGGUCUUCUUCUCGCUAGCGCGCUGCUGAGAAUUUUUUUUUUACGUUUUGUUUUUGUGUUGUAACAUUUUUUUUAAAGUAAAGAUAGAAAGUAUAUCGAUUGUACUUAGUGUUUUGUUUUCGUUUUGUGAAUCUUAUCGGGAGAUUUUAUUUUUUUUUCUAAAAUUCGUUUCGUAGCUCGUUGAUAAUAAUUAUAAUUUUUGUUAAUUUCGCGGACGAAAUAUAUAAACGGUUUCAAAAGUUAUGAAUAAAGUGAACUUAUAAAGAAAAAAAAAAGAGAUAAUGACAAAAUAAUCAAUUUAUUCAAAAUAAUUGUGAAAUAUAAUUUAUUGGAAUAUAAUACCAUUCUAAAUAAAAGUGUUAAUUUAAUUAAAUUUUUUUUAAUAAACAACGAACAUAAAAAAAUAUAAUUUAAAAUGGAAACUUGUGUAUUAAUACCACAAGAAUUUUCCCUUGCAUUGGCAUCAACGCCAACGGGUAUAUUAAAUGAACAACAAAUAACAGUAUGGACAACGAUGGGAAUUCCACAAGGAACAUUAUUUUAUCCAUUUCAAGGAACAAUUCGUAUUGACACUUUGGAUACAUUCAAAUAUUUAGAAGAUGAAGAUGUUCGCUACCGUUUCGGUUUGUACGAUGAAAUCUCAUACACAUUCGGCAAACGUGUACGCCAUUGUAAUUGGAUUCGUUUCUUACGGGUAUCUGAAUCGUAUGGAUCUCAAGUUAACAUGGUCUGCACCAAGGUUAAGGGUGAACCGAUCUAUGAAGUUGUCAAACCGAUUACAACCCAUCAGGAGCUUGUUGUAUAUUUUUUACCCGAACGUCCUGAAGAAUUGCUAUUUAUGCAAAUGCGAGCUUCACUCUAUCGUCAGACUAUGGAUUCGAUACUUGAAGGUUCACCAUUGGAUCUUUCAAUGUCCUUGCUAAAUCGUGUGAUCCUGCCAAUCUCACCGUCAUCCAGCAGUGAAGACGAGCAUAAAUCAAUUUCGAGUGAUUCAUCAGCGGGAUCGAUAUCGUCGCUGAACGAGAACACCAGCGAUCAUUUGAUCAGUACGGCAACGGCUCAUCAGCUGGAACGUGAUCUCAACAAUGGCAUUCACCAUCAUUCGCAUCACAGUCAUCAUCAUAAUCAUCAUCAGCGGACACCGCAACGGGCCCGCAGUGGCCGUGGUGAGCGUUCACUUUUACCAUGCGAAGUUUGUGGUAAGGCAUUCGAUCGUCCCAGUCUGCUGAAACGUCAUAUGCGCACGCAUACAGGAGAAAAACCUCAUGUGUGUAUGGUGUGCGGCAAGGGCUUCAGUACGUCGAGCUCAUUAAAUACACAUCGGCGGAUACAUUCUGGUGAGAAACCUCAUCAAUGUCAAGUUUGUGGGAAACGUUUUACGGCCAGCUCGAAUUUAUAUUACCAUCGAAUGACACAUAUUAAGGAAAAACCACACAAAUGCAACUUGUGCGCCAAGUCAUUCCCAACACCAGGUGAUCUAAAGUCUCAUAUGUAUGUUCACAGUGGUUCAUGGCCCUUCAAGUGUCACAUCUGCUCUCGAGGAUUCUCAAAGCAUACAAAUCUAAAGAAUCAUCUCUUCUUGCAUACUGGUGAUAAACCACAUGGUUGUGAGCUGUGUAAUAAGAAAUUCGCUUUGGCAUGUAAUUUAAGGGCGCACAUGAAGACUCAUGAAGGUGAUCCACAAGAUGAAUGUGUACGUUGUGGAAAAGUUUUCCUUACAUCAGCAAAUGGCUUAAAUCAAGGUGUUUGCACAAAAUGCUCAAAAGAUCCAGCGACGACUGAAACUGUUAAGACUGGUUUCCGUUCGGCGGGUGAAACGACCACCGAAGAUGAAUCAUCAAAUGGUGAAACUGAAUAUAGUGACAAGUGAAUUAAAUUGCAGUGAAAUCUUAGACCUCCCGUUUUUUGUGUAAAUAUACUUCUGAGCCAUUGUAUAUUUUUUUUUCUCUCGUCGUGUUUUUUUUUUUUUAACUUUAUUAUUAAUUUUUAUUUUUUUAAACGAUCUCGUCUUUGAAAUGAUUUUUGUUUGUAUUAAUCCUCAUUUUAUAUGAUUUUUUUUUUAACAAAUUUUAAGGUUAAUUUUAUACUUUGUUCUAUUUUUAUCGAUAAAUAAUUGUUUUGUGUGCACCCAAUAAUAUUAUUAUACCCCUUCUGUUCCACUCAUGUUGUCUGUGUGUGUAUUUUUUUUUAUGUUUUAUUAUUUUCACUUUUUAUUUCUUAUAGCAAUUGUCCAAAGUUAAAUAUUAUUAUUAUUUUUUAAAAAUACUUU